AUGAACAAUGGUUCUGCUCCACCACAAUUUAUUCUGAAUGGACAGAACUAUCACCGUAUUGGCAGUUUAUUGCCAGAGCAUGGAUCAAAGCCAAAGUUUGCACAGCUGUACAUAUAUGAUACCGAAAAUGAAAUGACUAACAGAGUCAAGCAUUUCAGUUCAAACACCAAGGAAUCUGUUAUAGAUGAAUCAUUGGUUGUUGAUUUGAUUGAAAUGAUUGACAAUCACAAUGUUCUUGCGAAAUCUUUUAGAAGAGUAAGAGAUUUGUCACUGGAACAUAUGGAAUCAGAUUUCACGCUAAGACUAUUUAGAGGCAGAGAUAUAGUGGUAAAAAAAUGUUCUGGUGAAUUAACCAGACUGCACGAAACUCACACAGCUUUCAUUCCACUGCAAUAUCCUCUCAUGUUUCCAUAUGGAGAAGAUGGUUAUCAAGAGGAUAUCCCAAUAAGAGAAUCUCAUUCAAAAACAAAAUUCAGGGUAAGAGUUAGAAUUUCUUUGCGAGAAUUUAUUGCCUUUAGAAUACAACAAAGAGUUGUAGAAGCAGGAAAUAUUGUGAAUGCAUGCAGAUUGUUCCAACAGUUUCUGGUCGAUUGCUAUACAAUGGUUGAAGCCCAAAGGUUGUCAUUCAUCAGAGCUAAUCAGAAGUUAAUUCGAUGUGAUAUUCUUAAUGGAUUACAAGAAGCUGUUAAUAGAGGAGAGACAGAUUCUUCUUUAAUUGGAAGACGUAUUGUCUUGCCUGCUUCUUUCACUGGUGGUACCAGAUACAUAUUCAACAAUUGUCAAGAUGCUAUGGCAAUUUGUAAAAAAAUUGGAUAUCCGGAUUUGUUCAUUACUAUAACAUGCAAUGUGAAUUGGAGUGAAAUAAAAGAAUUUGUAUUAGCAAAAGGCUUAUCAGCUUCGGAUAGACCUGAUAUUGUAUGUAGAGUGUUCAAAAUGAAGCUGGAUGAAAUGAUGACAGAUUUUAAGAAAAAGGACUUCUUUGGAAAAGCAAUGCAGAAUGGAAUUAAGCUGGACAAUAGAAGUGUUGUUCCUUACAAUCCACUACUUCUAAUGAGGUAUCAAGCACACGUCAAUACAGAGUAUUGCAACAAGACCAAUUCAAUAAAAUAUUUGUUCAAAUAUGUGAACAAAGGUCCCGACAGAGCUACUCUUAAAAUAAGCAACAACUCUGCACAGUCUGAAAAAUCAACCAUUAUUGAUGAGAUCAAAAGAUACAAAAAUGCUAACACAAUAUUUCUAGCUUGGUUUGAGGCUAACAAAGUUUAUGAGGAAGGAAAACAAUUGACUUAUUCAGAAUUUCCAAGCAAAUUUGUGUGGUUUGCCAAAGAAAAAGAAUGGAAACCAAGGAAGAAAGGCUACAACAUUGGUAGACUUACUUAUAUUCCUCAUGGGUCUGGAGAACUUUAUUAUUUGAGGAUAUUACUGACCAUUCAAAAAGGUUGUAUUGAUUAUGAAAGCAUUAAGACAAUUGAUGGAAAGUAUUAUGAAACAUACCAAGAAGCUUGCUAUGUUUUGGGAUUGUUGGCUGACGACAAAGAAUAUAUUGAUGCAAUCAAAGAAGCAAGUGAAUUUGCUUCUGGGUAUCAACUUAGAAGAUUAUUUGUUACUUUGUUGUCGAUGAAUACAAUUUCUAAACCAGAUAUAGUUUGGAAUUCUACUUGGAAUAUCUUAUGUGAUGGAAUUUUGUACCAAAAAAGGAAGGAGAUGAACUUACCAGGUCUUCAAAUUCAGAAUGCUGAAUUACAAAAACUAUGUCUGCUGGAAAUAGAGAAAAUGCUAAUGUCAAAUGGUAGAAGUUUGAAAGAUUAUCCUUCAUUACCUCAACUUGAUCUUUCAGAUGUACAUACAUUCAAUAAUAUAUUUAUUGUUGAUGAGCUGCAAUAUAAUAAACAAGACAUGGCGAAAGAACAUGACAAUUUGUUUAAAGCACUGAAUGAUGAACAAAUUCAUGUAUAUCAGGAUAUCAUGACAGUUGUUCUUUCAAAGAAGGGAGGAUUCUUUUUCUUAUAUGGCUAUGGUGGUACAGGUAAGACUUUUAUGUGGAAGACAUUGUCGGCUGGUCUAAGAAGCAAGGGCAUGAUUGUUUUGAACGUAGCAUCAAGUGGAAUUACUUCUUUAUUACUUCCUGGUGGAAAAAUAGCACACUCUACCUUUUGCAUCCCACUGUUAAUUAAUGAUGCAUCAACUUGCAACAUAGCACAAGAUAGUCUCAGGGCAAAACUUCUUAUGGCAACCAGUUUGAUUAUUUGGGAUGAAGCACCAAUGAUGAAUAGAAUGUGCUUUGAGGCAUUUGAUAGAACACUAAGAGAUAUUAUGCGAAAUGUUGAUUAUGCCAAUAAAGACAAACCAUUUGGUGGCAAAGCAGUUGUGUUAGGAGGUGACUUUAGACAAAUUCUACCAGUUAUCAAAAAAGGAUCUAGGUUUGAUAUCAUAAAAUCAUCAAUCAACUAUUCAGAGUUAUGGAAUUGUUGUAAAGUGCUAAAGUUAUCCAAGAACAUGAGAUUAAGUACUACAUCAAAUACUGAAACAGCCAAUGAUAUUCAAGAAUUUGCUGAUUGGAUAUUGAAGAUUGGAGAUGGGAAAAUGGAUCUAAAUGAGAAUGGUGAGUGCAUGGUUGAAAUUCCAGAACAGAUCCUGAUUACAAACACAGAUUUACCUUUAUUGGCAUUGGUUGAAUUUGUCUAUCCUCAAUUUGUGGUUAACAUGUUGAAUCCUAAUUAUUUUGAUGAUGGAGCAAUUUUGUGCCCAACAAAUGAUUCUGUAGAGAAAGUAAAUGAUUUCAUGUUGUCUUUAAUUGGUGGUGAAGAGGUGACUUAUUUAAGUUCAGAUACACCUUGCCAAUCUGAUGAACAAGAUGAAGUGCAAUCUGAAUGGUUUACAUAUGAAUUUUUAAAUGAUAUCAAAUGUUCAGGGAUACCAAAUCAUAAACUGAAGUUGAAAACAGGUGUUCAAAUUAUGCUCUUGAGAAACAUUGAUCAAGCGAAAGGUCUAUGCAAUGGCACAAGAUUGCAAGUCAACCAUUUAGGCAAGAAUGAUUUUUAUACCAAGAAUGGAUUUAGUGCCAUCUGA